AUGUCCAAACUCACCCUCCCCCUCCUCACCCUCACCCUGGCCCUCACCCGGCACGUCCACGCCCAAUGCGGCGCCGGCACCCCCGACAUCACCGUAACCGGCUCCUCCUCCUCCUUCACCACCACCAGCAGCUCCGGCACCCAACUCUACACCGGCUCCUCCUACCUCGAAGCCCUCAACCAAGCCCUCAGCGCCGCCACCAGCGGCCAGCGCCUCGCCGUCAUGGCGUCCGGUUCCAUCGGCGCCAGCACACUCACCCUCCCCAGCGGUAUCACGUUCGAAGGGUGCGGCACUAUUGACGUUGCGAACCGCGCUGGGUAUGGUGCGAUUGAGGCUACUGAUACUGAGGAUGUGAAUAUUCCAUACUUGACUAUGACGGGGGAUCCGUAUUUUGGGUUGCGGUUUUCUGGGAACCGCAACCUUGCGCUGGGGGAGAUUACGAUGAACCUUAGCGGCGGACUGGGAAUCCGGUUUGAUCGGGAUCGUGCGGCAAGCUCGAAUGUGUCGAUGGAUACCAUCACCGUUACCGGCGCCGGUAGUCAUGCCGUCGAGACGUGGAACAUCGACGGGUUGACGGUCAACUCUGUGAUCGCGCGCGACGUGGGGGAGUGUGGGCUGCUGCUGCAGGCGACGACGAAUGCGAAGGUGGGGUUGGUGGAUGGGGAUAAUGUGGCUGCGGGCACUGGGUAUGCGACUUUCCGGAUGGCGAAUAAUAACGGGCAGACGGCGGAUGGGGGGUAUAGUACGAAUGUGUAUGUGGAUAAGGUUGUGUCGCGGGGCGGGGGUAGGGGGAUCUUUUGUGUGUCGCAGUCAGGGGCGGUGGAGAUUGGGGAGAUUGAUUUGGCGGAUAAUGGGAAUAACGCGAUUUUGAUUGAGAAUUGUUAUAAUGUGGUGAUUAAGGGGGGGAAGGUGAAUGGGGGAGGGGAGGUGCGGAUUUCGGCAAGGGAUGAGUUUCCGAAUACUAGUGAUGUCUCGAUUACGCUGCAGGUGGACGGGACGACGGUGAAGGAGUCGCCGUGUGGGGAUAACAUCAGCUGGACGCUGACGGGGAGUGCGGAACAGUCUAUUUGUUAG